AUGAGGAGCUUUGGGAAGGGCACAGACACGAGGGGGCCUGAUCUCCUUAGGGCAGGGGCACUGAAAGCUCCAGGCCCUGCCCUUGGUGUGGCUCGCGUGCGGAUGCUGGACGGCUCCAUCACGGACAUGGUGGAGGCCCAGGCCCUGGGCCUGCAGCCCCAGUACAUCCACAUCUACAGCGCCAGCUGGGGCCCCGAGGACGAUGGCAGGACGGUGGACGGGCCCGGAGUCCUGGCUGCAGCCGCUUUCCACAGAGGGGUCGUCCAGGGACGGGGUGGGCUCGGCUCCAUCUUCAUCUGGGCCUCGGGCAACGGCGGCACCAACUACGACAACUGCAACUGCGACGGGUACACCAACAGCAUCUACACGGUGUCGGUGGGCAGCGUCCUGGCGGACGGGCAGCGGCCCCGCUACAGCGAGAGCUGCCCCGCCAUCCUCACCACCACCUACAGCAGCAGGGCCACCAGCGAGGUGCAGAUCGUGACCACUGACCUGCACCACCGCUGCACAGACAAACACACCGGCACCUCCGCCUCGGCCCCGCUGGCCGCGGGCAUGGUGGCCCUGGCGCUGGAGGCCAACCCAGCCCUGAGCUGGCGGGACCUGCAGCACCUGAUCAUCAGGGCCUCCAGACCCGCUCACCUGCAGGCAGAGGACUGGGCUGAGAACGGUGCCGGGCGCAGGGUGAGCCACUACUACGGCUACGGGCUGCUGGACGCGGGGCUGCUGGUGCAGGCGGCCUCCACGUGGACGGGGACGCGGCCCCAGCAGAAAUGUUCGGUCCAGGCCGUGCAGGUGCCCAGGGACAUCGGCUCCAGGCUCACCAUCUCCACGGAUGCCUCCUCCUGCUCCAAGAGCAUCCGCUCACUGGAGCACGUCCAGGUGCAGCUGUCCCUGAGCUACAGCCGCAGGGGGGACCUGGUGGUGGCUCUGAGCAGCCCCAUGGGGACCACGUCCACGCUGGUGACGGUGCGCCCCUACGACACCAGCCAGGACGGCUACAAGGACUGGACCUUCAUGUCCACACACUUCUGGGAUGAGAACCCCAAGGGGAUCUGGACCCUCCAGCUGGAGAACAGGGGUGAUGCCCAGAACAGAGGCCAGCUGAGCAGCUUCAUCCUGCACCUGCACGGCACGGACGAGGACAUGCCAGCCAGGCGCUCCGCAGCCACCGCCACCGCCGAGUGUCUCGGGAGGGACGAGCAGGGAGCCUGCCAGGACUGUGGCCGCUCCCUGUACGCCCACCAGGGCUCCUGCCUGCCCUACUGCCCCCCACGCUACUACGGCCGCGCACGGGGUGCCACCCUUGGGGACAGCGCCCGCGUCUGUGCCAGCUGCCACCCCUCCUGCUACACCUGCCAGGGCGCUUUGGCCAACAACUGCACGUCGUGUCCCUCAGGCCACACCUUCCAGGACAUCACCCACACGUGCCAGCAGCCCGAGGAGGGCUCCCCCAGCCCGGCGGGGCCGCGCAGGGACCUGCUGCUCCUCGCCGUCCUGGCCGGCGGCAGCCUGGUGCUGCUGGCACUGCUGUACCCCAUGUGUCGCACGCUCCUCCGCGCCAGGAGGACACAGUGACACCGGCCUGGGCUGCAGGGACAGCCCGGGGCAGAGCGGGGAGCCCAAAUAAAUCGGUUGUUGCUUUUCCA